AUGGGAGCCUCCACCGACAGUAAGCGCGAACCGAUUGGUAGCGAUACCAAGGACGGCGCCAAUGUUGCGCACGUCAAUAGCGUCCUCGAGUAUGAGAAGCCCUCUCAGACUGCGGAGCGCGACUGGACCGGCACAGUCAAGAAGACAGACCCGGAAGAGAUCGCCCUGGUGAGAAAACUGGACAUCUGGAUCAUGCCUUGCCUCUGUUUCAUGUACUUCCUCAACUACGUCGACCGAAAUGCCAUCGCACAAGCCCGCCUAAACGAUCUGGAGAAGGACCUGAACAUGAAAGGGUCCGAGUUCAACACGACCGUCUCGAUUCUCUUUGUCGGCUACGUCUUGAUGCAAGUGCCCAGCAACAUGUUGAUCACAAAGGUCAAGCCUGGACCUUAUAUGUCUUCCUGGAUGCUUGUUUGGGCUGCGGUAUCCGCAUGCACGGCUCUUGUCAAGAACUAUGUUGGCCUCCUCGUCUGCCGAUUCUUCCUCGGUAUCACUGAGGCACCCUUCUAUCCCGGUGCUACCUAUAUGCUCUCCAUCUUCUACACCCGCAAAGAGGUUGCUACCCGCAUCGCCUUGCUCUACUGUGCUCAAAUUCUCGCAACCGGCCUCUCUGGCCUCAUCGCUGCUGGUGUCUUCCAAAUGGACGGCGUCAAGGGACUCUCGGGAUGGCGAUGGUUGUUCCUCAUCGAGGGUGUCGUCACCGCAGGCGUCGCCAUCGUCGGCUUCUUCAUGCUGCCAAACACCCCCCUGACGACUUGGUGGUUGACCGAUCGCGAGAAGGAGCUGGCACACUCCCGCAUGGAGCGCGACAAGAUUUCCGAUGCCGACGAGAACGAUGCCUCCGCCUGGCAGGGUCUGAAGCAGGCCGCCUCCGACAAGAGGACUUGGCUCUUCUGCUUGAUGCAGAACUUCCACCUGAGCGCCUGUUCAUUCACCCUAGGAUUCAACACAACCAUCACCCUCGUCUUGACCUGCCCUCCCUUCAUCCUCGCGGGCGCCGCCGGUAUCCUGGUCGGCUGGAGCUCAGGUAGAUUCCACGAGCGCACAUGGCACAUCACGGGGGGUCUCGCCAUCUCCGUGGUUGGCUUCGUGCUCGCCGCUGCUACGCUGAACACUCCCGCUCGCUACAUUGCCUGCUUCAUCUUCGCCAUGGGCGCCUACUCGGUCAACUCCGUCAUCAUCGGAUGGGCCUCGUCGACCCUCUGCCAGACCAAGGAGAAGAAAGCAGUUGUCCUUGCCAUGACCAAUGUUGGCGGCCAGAUUGGCUACAUCUACGGUGCCUACCUCUGGCCAAGCAGCGACUCUCCCCGCUACGGAAUCGGUUUCGGCGCAUCGGCCGGCUUCGCCCUGCUCUCCAUCGUCUGCGCCUGGAUCAUCCGCUUCAUGCUGGUCAAGGAGAACAGGAAGAUCAGGGCCUCCAGCACUGAGCACGUCAACCUCUACGGAUACUAA